AAAUAAGUCUCAAGUGGUAAUUUUACAGAUUUGGGAGAAGAAAAAAGCUCCUAUUUUGUUUCCUUGGCUCCUUCACAAAACCUAGGGUUUAGAACUCGUCGUCUCGCCUGAGUGCAUACCGCACACGUGGCCACUUGCCCCUCUCCUCUCGCACUCCGAGUCUCCGACGGCGGUAAGCAUUGCUCGAAUUCUGACAGUUCGACAGUUCACAGUCGCAAACGAAGCAUUACUCAUUUCUCCUCUUCUGUCUUCUACUCGAAUUUGCUUAGGAGCUAAGCAAUGUUUAAGAAUACUUUCCAAUCAGGGUUUCUGUCCAUUUUAUACAGUCUUGGGAGCAAGCCUCUGCAAAUAUGGGAUAAAGAAGUUUCCAAUGGCCAUAUCAAGCGUCCAAUGGAUGAUGAUAUCCAGUCCAAUGUCCUUGAGAUUGUGGGAUCAAACGUACAAUCAACCUAUAUUACAUGUCCUGCAGAUCCAGCUGCAACACUUGGUAUAAAACUGCCAUUCUUGGUCAUCAUUGUGAAGAAUCUAAAGAAAUACUUCACCUUUGAGAUUCAGAUCCUGGAUGAUAAGAACGUGAGGCGUCGGUUUCGUGCUUCAAAUUAUCAAGCUGUGACUCGAGUGAAGCCAUACAUAUGCACCAUGCCUCUAAAGUUGGAUGAAGGAUGGAAUCAAAUUCAGUUAAAUCUUGCUGAUUUUACCAAACGAGCAUAUGGAACCAACUAUGUAGAAACAUUACGAGUUCAAGUCCAUGCUAACUGUCGUCUGAGACGGAUCUAUUUCUCGGACCGACUUUAUUCAGAGGAAGAACUGCCUCCAGAGUUUAAGUUGUAUCUCCCGAUGCAGAAACAAUAACUCAUGGGUGACGGCGAGCUGAAGUGCAGUAGUUGAUACUGGAUCUGCAUGUUGAUAGGAUCACAAAACUAUUCUGUUAUGUUUGGGAAUCCAUUAUCUUAGUGAUGCUGUUUGUUUAAUGCCCCAUGCAGAAGUUCCCCAUGUUUAAUGUAUAUCCAGUUGCGUAUUUUACAAUAUACUUUUCUCAUAAUUAGAAUUUGCGGUUACCAAGUUUGAUUGAUACUGUGAUUUUUACUAUGAAGAGUUAAGAUGCUCUUGGUUUCAUUUUGUUUA